AUGGUUGCGAUCAAACGUUUUCACGAGACCGCGGCGGCGGACCCCAUCCUGACUCGCAUUUCAGAAGAGGAUAAGGUUCCAUGGUACAAGAAGCCGAACCUGCGAUACCUAUAUCUCAUGCUCUUCCCGACCUGCAUGGGUAUCGAGCUAACGUCCGGUUUCGAUUCGCAAAUGAUCAACGCCCUUCAGAUCGUACCUUACUGGAACAAAUACUUCGGUUACCCCCAAGGAAGUCUGAAGGGCAUUAUUGCCGCCGCCUACUCUCUUGGUGCUGUCCUUUCACUGCCCUUCAUUCCCAUUGUGAACGAUAGGUUUGGUCGAAGAUGGUCCAUCUUCGGUGGUAGCUGUAUCAUGGUACUGGGGGCUCUCAUUCAGGGAUUCUCGCAGCAUGUCGGCAUGUACAUCGUUGCCCGUAUGAUCCUUGGUUUCGGUAUCCCGACCUGUAUCGUCUCCGGUUCUUCUCUGAUUGGUGAACUCGGUUACCCCAAGGAGCGUCCCGUCCUGACCUCUCUCUUCAACGUGGCCUACUUUGUCGGACAAAUCACUGCGGCCGCCAUAUGCUUCGGCACUAACAACAUUCAAAGUGAUUGGGCAUGGCGCAUUCCGUCUCUCCUCCAGAUUUGCCCUUCUCUUCUGCAGAUCGGCUUCGUUUUUUUCAUCCCCGAGAGCCCCAGAUGGCUCAUCACUCAAGACCGCAGCGAAGAGGCCAAUGAGAUUCUCAUCAAGUACCACGCCGAAGGCGACCGCGACUCCGAGUUCGUCAAGGCCGAGAUGGCGCAGAUGAAGACCGUUAUCACUCUCGAGAUGGAAGCCUCCAAGCAUUCGUGGAUGGACCUACUCAGCACCUCCGGAAUGCGCCGUCGCUGCCUCAUCACCGCCAUGCUCGGCCUCUUCACCCAGUGGUCCGGAAACACGCUCAUCUCGUACUACCUUGGUGACCUCCUCAAGAUGAUUGGCAUUGGGGACUCCGUCUUCAAGCAAAAGCUCAACGUUGGCCUCUCCUGCUGGUCCCUCGUCUGUGCUGUCAUCGUCGCUUUGCUCGUCCGCAAGAUCCGCCGACGCGUCAUGUACUUGGCCUGCACCAUCUCCCUUCUCGUCUGCUACAUCGCCUGGACCAUCUCCAUGGAGCGCGCUGUGCACGCCCUCGACAACGACUACAAGAACCAGAGCGCCUCCAUCGCCACUAUCUUCUUCAUAUUCAUGUACUCGCCCUGCUACAACAUUGGCUACAACGCCCUCACCUACACCUACCUCAUUGAGUUGUGGCCCUAUGCGCUGCGUUCCCGCGGUAUCUCCUUCUUCCAGCUCUUUGGUCGUCUGGCAAGUUUCUUCACCACUUUCGUCAACCCAAUCGGCAUCGAGAACUCCUCCUGGCGCUACCUCAUCAGCUACUGCUGUUGGCUCGCCUUCGAAGUCGUGUUUGUGUACUUCAUGUUCCCCGAGACCGCCGGCCGCACCCUCGAAGAGUUGGCUUUCAUGUUCGAGGACAAGGCUCUUGCCGACCAGGCAGCUGGUGCUGUCGAGAAGGUUAUCCACCACGAGGACACGGACCCCGUCGGCGAGCGCAAGACUGGAACGGGUCAGACCGAGGUCGUUGAGGACGUCACCACCAAGUCCAGGGUCUAG